AUGAACAUGAGGCACAUGACAGGAAAAUCGCAGUUGACACACCUACGGUGUUGCAAGAUACCAAAGAGCAUUGACAACUGCAGUCUCGAUGCCAUGUGCCUCUGUGAACCUGUUUCAAUCCUGCGUCGAGGCAAAAGGAAGACGAGACUGCUGGCAUCUAUGGGACUGCAGCCGAGAGACAUCCAGGUGUUGUGUCUGGUACUGAUGGUUGUGAUUGAACCGUUUCUUUGCUGUGCUGCUGCGGCUGGUGGCGUGGUCCCCCGAACGAGAAUGGCCACACCUGCAGCCGACGGCAAAACCUUGGCGACACUCAUGAACUGCUUUCCCAGCGUAAUACUCAGUCCUUCCAACAUCCCAUACACCUGUGAAGUUAGUGAUGCCCAACCACUGAUUGGCCUGAACCUCUCCGCCUCGUACUACACCUCAGUCCUCAAUCCUGGAUGGCCGGCGACUCUUGAUACGAAAGCCAAUACCAUUACAUUCAUGCCUGUUUUUGGGGCACCUUCAGGACGUUGGGAAUUGGUCAUCACAUCGUUUUCUGGGUAUGAGGACUCUGACGUUCCUCUGACGACCAAUAAGAGCAUGAACUUCAUGCGCCUUGGUGCGACCCAUACGAAUUUCGAUGCACUCUAUCCGUAUUACGGUAUGGGGGUGUCGUUUGCACCCAAUCUCCCAACCGGCACCACGGCUUCCGACUACAUGCUGGUGCGCUCUUUCAAUGACUGCCGGUACACCCCUGCCAACUGCACUGACUCUGUUGGAUGCUACAGAAUGCUGCCACCCGCUCAUCUUCCCCCUCCAGGCAAAUACAGGCUCUGUGUGACGUCAAAUGACUGG